UUUCCUUCAAUCGAGAUCGCCCGCCACUGCGGUGCCGACGCCGCUCAAUUUCUCCUAAUCGAGGGAGGAAGCGCCGCCGUUCUUUUCUCCAUCGCCGCCCCCGCACUCCUCUUCCUCCUCCCUCUCAACCUCUAUGCUGGCGACUCCAUCCUUGACGACCAGUUCUCCAAAACUACCAUCAAUCACAUCACCAAAGGCUCGCCUCUUCUCUGGAUCCACUUCGUCUUUACCGUAAUCGUCGUUGUUUUGGUCCAUUUCGGAAUCUCCGCUAUCCAGGAACGGUUGAGGAUCACUAGGUUUAGAGACAAUUUUGGUAAUUUGAGUGAUCCUUCCUCGAAUUCCACUGCUAUAUUCACCAUCAUGGUGCAGGGAUUGCCAAAGAUUAUAGGUGCAGAUAGGGCUGUGCUGCAUGAAUAUUUUCAGUAUAGGUAUCCAGGGAAGGUUUAUAAGGUCAUUGUUCCAAUGGAUUUAUGUGCAUUGGAUGAUUUGGCUAAUGAAUUGUUGCGAGUUAGGGAUGAAAUUUCGUGGCUGGUUGCAAGGAUGGAUUCGCGGCUGUUGCCGGAUGAUGAUUAUGAUGGUGGUGAAGGUGGUUUAGGUGGUGGAGUGGAGCAGGGUGGUUGGAAGGGAAUUAGGCAUUGUUUGAUUUGUUGUUGGAAAUGGUGGAAGGGAUUUUGUGCUGAUGUGAUGGCAAAAUUCGGUUACACGGAUGAUGAGCGGUUGAGGAAGUUACAGGAGGUUAGGGCUGAGCUGGAGAAUGAGCUGGCUGAUUAUAAAGAGGGCCAUGCGCCGGGAGCUGGAGUUGCGUUUGUGAUGUUUAGGGAUGUGUAUACUGCUAAUAAGGCUGUUCAGGAUUUCCAGAAUGAGAAGAGGAGGAGGAUAGGGAAGUUCUUUUCGCUGUUGGAGCUGAGGUUGAGGAGGAAUCAGUGGAAGGUUGAACGUGCCCCCUUGGCGACUGAUAUUUACUGGAAGAACAUGGGGACGCCAAGGCUCUCGCUGAAGUUGCGUCGGGUGUUUGUGAAUACAUGCCUGAUGCUUGUGUUGUUGUUCUUUAGUUCACCACUUGCUGUGAUCAGUGCUCUUAAGAGUGCUGGGAGGAUCAUCAAUGCCGAAGCCAUGGAUAAUGCACAAAAUUGGGUGGCUUGGGUGCAAAGCUCUAGCUGGCUUGCAAGCCUUGUUUUCCAAUUUCUGCCGAAUGUUAUCAUAUUUGUUAGUAUGUACAUUGUGAUACCUUCGGUGCUUUCCUAUCUAUCGAAAUUUGAACGCCAUUUGACAGUGUCUGGGGAGCAAAAGGCAGCGCUAUUGAAGAUGGUUUGCUUCUUCCUUGUGAACCUCAUUAUCUUGAGGGGUUUGGUAGAAUCAUCAUUAGAGAGCGCAAUCCUGAAGAUGGGGCGGUGUUAUUUAGAUGGAGAAGAUUGCAAGAGGAUUGAGCAUUACUUGAGUGCAUCAUUCCUGUCGAAGUCAUGCCUCUCCUCGCUUGCAUUCUUGAUCACUAGCACUUUCUUAGGUAUAUCUUAUGAUCUCUUGGCUCCGAUUCCUUGGAUCAAAAGAAACCUUCAGAAGUUUAGGAAGAAUGACAUGCUUCAGUUAGUUCCCGAACAAAGUGAAGAAUACCAGCUAGAAAACCAGGACACCAAUGGUCUUCAGAGACCAUUGAUGCAAAAUGAAAGUGCUUAUGACAAUUCCAGUAUGGAUAACCCAGAGGGACAGGAUCUUUCUGUGUAUCCGAUCACCGGAAGCUCACCUGCACCGAAACAAACCUUUGAUUUUGCACAGUAUUAUGCCUUCAAUUUGACAAUAUUUGCACUGACUUUAGUGUAUUGUUCAUUUGCUCCACUUGUGGUCCCUGUUGGUGUCGUCUAUUUCGGGUACAGAUAUGUAGUUGACAAGUACAACUUUCUGUUUGUGUAUCGUGUUCGUGGCUUCCCUGCAGGAAACGAUGGGAGGUUAAUCGAUACUGUGAUAUUCAUCAUGCGUAUCUGCGUCGAUCUGUUCUUGAUGGCUAUGCUGCUGUUUUUCUCGGUCCAAGGUGACUCCACAAAGCUGCAAGCUAUAUUCACUCUUGCAUUGUUGGUCAUGUAUAAAUUGUUGCCUUCUAGUAGUGAUAGCCUUCAAUCAACUCUUUUGGAAGGUGUUCAAACAAUUGAAAAUGUUGUUGAUGGACCAAUUGAUUACGAGAUCUAUUCACAACCCAGGUUUGAUUGGGAUAACUCUCAAGGGUGAUUGAUUCUUUGACAUGAAUGCUAUUACUCAGAAGGUGUAAUCUGUCUUCCCAAACAGAGGUUGUACCUCAAACUUAGUGAUUAGGGGAAUUCGGAUAGAGAUAGGGAUAGGUAUUAUGAUGAUGGAGGGUUCAAGCUUAUGCAGGGAAGAAAAUGGAAGAGGGUUCUUUUAUUGAAUGUUGUGCAUAUUUUGUUCUACACGAGAUUUUAUGGCAUUUUAUUCUUGUCUUCCA